GUACUGCAUAGAUGGCUGGGGACAGGCUAGAAUUGAGCUGUUCUGAUUCUGUCGUUCAUUGCAAGUAGCCAAGUUUAAUUAAACAGGUAUAUGUUGGUAUAAAUAAGUGUGAUAGUGAAAAAUAAAAGAACAUUUGUGGUGCCGUAUGGGCAUAGGACACUUGUACGUUAUCAAUGCCAAGUUAAAUACCAAUCGUGGCACAUUCGGACAUCGACAGUGUUAUGUGACCGACGUGGCUUUUACAAUCGUCUAACACGAGAAUUAUAUUCCAUCAUCGAGUUAAUCAGUGACAAAUGAUCCCAGCAGACUGACAACACGCCAAAAAAAUUUAUAAAAAUAUAUUUAAAUUAAGUAGUGAAUAUUCAAUUGUCGAGUCAGCGUGGCAAUGGCGAGAAAGAGGAUAGGUCGAAAGUCCAGUGGAGCUGUUAAUACAGCUGAGGAGCCAGAAGGAACUGGACAAGAAACGAAUGGGAAAUUAAAUUCUACCGAGCUUGGACGUAUGACAAAGGAUCGUCUUAAAAUCUUACUGAGGGAACGUGGUCUACCUGUCUCUGGGAACAAAGCUGAGAUGAUAACUCGAUUAGAAGGAACUAUGGAAGGCAAAACAGUUCGUCGAGGAAAGGAGUUGAGUACUUCAAAUGGUGCCCAGAAAUUAUCAACCGACGAUGGAUCAUCAGGAUCAAAAACUAGAACGAAAGCUGAAAGUGAUUCGAUAGAUCCAGACAGCCUGACCCUCUGGCAUCAUCCAAUGACAACGUUAAAUUAUUUCAUUCGAGAAUUGUUCAUUGACAUUGUCAGUUUAGCACAUAGAACGUUACAGUACAAGAAGACUGUUUGGAGUGGAUUACUUGUUAUUGCUGUGUUAGUGGUCUUCAGGCAUGUGACAGGGCCCCAUCAGGAGUUGCUGAAGAUCUGGGAAGACAGUCUUCUCUGGUGGCUCUACUGGGUGGGACUGGGGGUCCUAUCGAGUGUCGGGUUGGGCACUGGGCUGCACACAUUUGUGCUUUAUCUGGGCCCACACAUAGCAGCUGUUACGAUAGCCGCUUACGAAUGUGGGGGACUUAAUUUUCCAGAGCCACCGUAUCCUGAUGCCAUUGUCUGUCCAGAGGUGAUUGAUCCAGCUUGGACAGCUGGCAUUCUCAAUAUCAUGAGGAAAGUCAGGGUUGAGGCGAUGCUGUGGGGUGCGGGGACUGCUCUGGGGGAGCUGCCACCAUAUUUCAUGGCUCGUGCAGCUAGAAACAGCCGACAGAGUGAUAAGAGUCAUGAGUAUGAUCAGGAGGAUCUCAAGGAACUUGAGGCACUCGAAGCUUUGGAGAGUGGGGCCAAUGUUCCUGUGCUGAUGAGGCUGAAACUUGCUAUGAAGCACUUCGUGCAGAAGGCUGGGUUCCUGGGAAUUCUCGCCUGUGCUUCGAUUCCAAAUCCACUUUUUGACCUCGCUGGGUUGACUUGUGGCCACUAUCGCAUUCCAUUCUGGACUUUCUUCGGUGCUACACUCAUUGGUAAAGCCAUUGUUAAAAUGCAUAUUCAACAGCUCGCUGUGAUAAUAGCGUUCAAUGAAGAAUUAUUGGAUAAAGCUAUUGGAUUUUUGGCUGUGAUUCCUUAUGUGGGUACCAAGUUCCAGGAGCCAUUUAAAAAAUAUUUAGUCGAGCAGAAGAAUAAGCUGCAUAAUUCGUCGUCAAUGGAGGGAACAACGACGAUAGCGUGGCUAUUCGAAAAAUUUGUUAUGCUGAUGAUAUGUUACUUCCUCAUAACGAUAAUUCACGCCCUGGCCCGCAAUCAUCAUCGCAGACGUACAAAGCCAUCAGUGGAUUGAGAUUUAGGAAAAUUUUAUUUAAACGCUAAUGCGAUAUGUUGAAAUCCAAACCAAUUAUGUAUAAUUUACACAACAGAAAUUUUUACUCGCACCGGCGUCUCCUACAGUUAUUAUUGAAUAAUGAUUUUAUGAAUUUUCAACUCAGUCCAUCAGAGAUAAGCUUAUCGUAAGUCUAUGAAUAAUUGAUUGUAAAUAUGUACAAUGAAUUUACAACGUCAGGUAGAGACAUUGCUUUUUCAAUUACGUAUGAUUUUCUUUUUUCGUGUAUUCAGUCAGUCGUUUUCGAUUGAUAAAUAUUUUUAAGCUGCAAAAAUUAGGUAAAUUUGAUAAAUUGUAUGGAAUCAUGUGCUACUACUGAGUGAAUAUUAUGAAAUUAGUGUUUCCAUAAUCUUGUGAAUCACGUUGCUGGAUCCUUGAAUUUAUUGCUCAAACGAAUUUUUACCAAACAUACAGUUCAAAGCAUAAUCAAGUUUCGUAAUUCGUGCAUGAAAUCGUCAGAGAUCCACGGGGCCAAUGAAAUUGAGAACAAAUUUUUUCACGGAUUUAAGGAACUUCCGCGAGGAGUUAAUAAGAGUUGAAGGAAGGAAUGGUACGUUGAGGGGAAUUUUUGUGAGAAUUUUUGUGGCGUUACUUUGAAAUUUUUUUCGAAAUGUGCCAACUUGACUGGCCACACCGAUUUAUGUAGAGAAAAAAAAAUGAGACACUUGUGAACUAGAAAUUACGAGGAUGACAAUUGACAUGACCACAGGGCUCAUGAGUUAUUAAAAUGUCUGUCAAAAUUAUGAUUUUUUUGGAAGUUCUACAUUGAAGUUUUCGAUUCGUCUCGUGAGUUUUCGAUUGACUGCGGAAGUUCCUUAAACCUCUUUCGUUUAUUAGUUUUCAAAAUUGAAUGUAAAAUGAAGUGACAUUUAGGUAUUCUAUGUCAAAUGGAAUGUAAUUGGUUUCACAUUUUUUGGCAGCUCAUUUUGGGAAAUAAUUUUUCUUUUUGUAAAUCACCUCAGCGGUUUUCAUUUUCUCCUUUUGAAAGAAGACUUUAAUGUAUUUUCCAAUCCCUAAAGGUUCAUGAUAUCGAUUCAUUGAAUGACAAAAAUGGUUUUUUCAAAAAUAAAAAUUCAAUUGUAAAUUUUUCAAUUUUUUUUCAAUUUAAGAACUGAAAAAAAAAUCCAAUAAAAGUUAAAAUACACAUCAAAAAUAGAAUAAAAGUCCAAAAAUUAUCACUUGUUUUGUCGACCAACUGAAAUUAAGAAAAUUAUAUUUACGAAAUAACCUGUCAGAAGAUUCUAAAAAAAAUUCAGAAAAAUUUCCUCACGUCUCCAAAUCAUAAAAAAACCUCGGGGUAAAUUUCCAUUUGGCAUUGAAUACCUCAAUUAUCUUGUAAUUUCCAAAAAAUCUAUUGUAAAUGUCACAAUUCUCAACAUCUCAGAAUUAAGAUUGAGGAAUUGACAACAAACCAAUUGAUGUGACAUUAUUUAAUUAUAGUUUCCCCAUUUGCUUUCCCACAUUAACGAUAAAUGCAACGAUUGAAGUGAGAAUCUCUGAGAGAAUGUGUCCACAUUGUUGACGAUUAUUUGAUAAAUAAAGUAACAGUAGUAUUUGUGGCUGACAUUCCUGAAGUGAAGUCUUUGAACUGAAAAAAAAACUAGAAUUAAAAAACAACAGCCAGACCCACUUGAAGAUAAAAACCCCCAAAAUGAUCGUAAAAUAGGAGGAAAAUUGAACGUUUUUCAUCCCUUUCUGGCCACUUUGAUUGAAUAUUUUGAUACUGUGAGUAGCUAGGAUUUUUUGAAUGAAAUUAAUUAAUGGAAUCGUCUUUCUAGGCUGGUUACUGUUAUUUAGAAGAAAAUAUUGUUGUGGAUAAGAAAAGCAUGAAGAAAAUCUGUUGUUCCUAGGGACUGUUUAUCUCCUAACGAAUUAUCAAUUCCAUGUGCAUCAUCUAGUGUUUCUAUACAAAAAAUAAUAAUAAUCCUGUUGUGUACAUUUCUACAGACAUCUCCAUUCCCAUCUAAUCAAUGAUGAAUUCCAAUCACGAUGAAAUAUUAAAUUAAAUAUCGAUUAUUUUUCCCAUUUAAAUUUCCGCCAAUAAAAUGGCUCGAUUCGAUGUUAUUUAGCAUUGUCAAUACGAAAUUAAAACAGAUAAAUUUUUAAUUAUUUAACCGAUAAUUUUUCACAAAAAAAACACAAUUUUUUCCAAAACCAACUAAACCUCGUCGAAUUUUACGGUAUCACAUACACAGUUUUGAGAUAAAAUUCGGAGAUUUCCAGAUUUUUUGCUGCAGACGAGCGUCUGUAAUAAUUGUAUUUUUUAUAACAACAAUUUGAACAUGAAUGAAAUGAUAAUUUAAUGGUUUUUCAAUUAUUCAACUGAAUGCUCUCAUGGCGAGAUUCGUUUCGCUGAAAUUUGAACGGGAAAAAUAAACCCCCGAAUACCACUAGAGCUUCGAAAUUAUAUAAUUUGUCAUGUCGACUCCUUCAUUUUGUUUGCGAUGAACCUGACGUUAAUUACUCGAUAAUUUGGGAGCUCUGGUGGUAUCAUCAGCGGGAAUCGGCGAGAAGAAAUAUUUUAAACAAAUUCUGUGGUCAACGAAAAUGUAGUAAUAUCUCGUGUGUAUCAAAUAUUUUGUAUUCUGAUAAAUGAAUUUGUGAUGACUGUAUUUGUCACGUGUGUGCCAUGCUUUUUUUUGAAAAAUCCAUGCAAAUGUCUGCAAACUCCACGUGUAUUUAAACAUAUUUCCGCAACAUUCUCCCCCCAUAAACGCCAUUCGUCUUGCUAUUAGAAUAUUUAUGUACAUUGAUGAAAUAAAUUUGCGAAAGGACAUUUCGUAUUUUACGUGAAA